UUUUGUCAGCCACUUGAAUUAUACCUGAGAGUCUGAACUUCGUUUACAUCUUAGUUGUUUAAUUUCAAACCCAAUGUGGUGGCAUGCAGAGCCCAGAUCAUGGAAAUAUUUUACUGUCCAGAUAUUUCUACGCCUAACUGUACAUCUCAGACUACAGUAACAAAAACACCCAGAUCAAUUUUGUAAGUAGGCACAAAUACUAACAAAAAUAUCAGCUUAUCUUUGCUGAAUCAUUUCCUUCAAAUUCUGAAGUAAUGUGACUAGAAUGUGUGUUGAGAGGAAAACAGUGUGUGUUAGUUUACGCUACAUGUGGUGGCUGACAGAAUUUUAAAGUUAAAUUAAUGUUCAGGUUGGGAUUUUUGUCUGUUGGGUCACACUUUGACACUAAUCCACCACCUGUCAGCAGCUAUUUAUUUUCAGCUCAAGCUAUUACAGGAAAUCUUCUGGUUUCAGCUCUUUUGCCCAGUUCCAUGAUUUCAAUAAAAGGGAACUUCAGUGUUGCAAGUGUGAGGUUUAACAGAGAAAAAAACACUGCAUGUCUUCACUUGCUACAUAGACUUAGACCCACAACGGUGGAGCCUCGCCUGAUCAUGUCCAUGGAUAGUGAUUGUGUCCCAGGAAACGGUACUGAAACCUGUUCGGCAUCCGGAUCCCCUGCAGGUCUUGCUGUGGGGCUUACGCUCUUCUUUCUGAUCCUUAUGAUCAUAACUGGUGUGAUUUUCUACAAAUACCAGAGUAAGAUCAGGACUUUGGUGCAGUUUGGACAAAGACAAAGCCAGGACAAGGAGGACCACUCUGGGACUCCACAUGUGGAUGCUAGUCAACAUACUAGUAUGAUCAUAGAGGAGUCAACCGGACAGAUGCCUAUAUAUGAAAACCUGGCAAGUAGCUGCAAAAGGCCAGCUGCAAAGCAGACCAGGUCUCCCGAUCAGUCUGAAGAGGAUUUGUACUUGCAGUGUGAUCCAAUAGAUGAUGGAAUAUACAUGAAUGGUCCAGGAUAUAACUCCAGCAUCCCAGCCUGCCAAGAAGACGACCUGUAUGUCAUGCCCGAAUCAGAGGACACGUUUGUUAAAGGCUGAAUGACUCACAGGAAACUGAUUGGUCUGGCUUGUUGUGUUUAAUUAUAAGACAGCGUGAUGCUGCUGCUUUUCAAUACUGUAAACUAAACUGAUGGAUCUGUACUUCUUUUUGCUGUAAAUGUAAAAUCCUUUCUUGCCAUGCUGUACAAUUAGGUAUCAUGUGAAUAUGUAGUUACCUUUGGAUAAAUCAAACAUUUGAAUCU